UAUACGGCUAAAGAUGUCAGUGUUUCCGCAGCCUACCCGCAGGUUACUCGCAAAUUGAUGGUGAAAACGCACCAUUAAAGAGUUGCUUCUCGUGUUUCAAACUACCACCCCCAGCUUGACUUGAAAUGUUUGCUUCCUCUCCGACUUUUGAAUAUCCCUUCUGGGGAUUCGUUUUGUCAAUUUUUUCAGACGUGGCAGUACUACAGAGACUACGACAAGGAUCGAUGGUCGCGGUUUUAUUUCUAUUGAAUUGCACAAGCACGGCGUUGCAUAUAGUAGUUGCUCGAUCGCUCUUGUUUCUCGCAGCUGAUGUCAAAGCAAUGGAUUUCUUGGAUGCAUACUCUCUCUUCAUGACUGCAGACAAUAUCAUCAUGUGCAUUGUUUUUUUCUUGAUCCAGCUGUUUUUUCUAUCAAGAAUCUACUUUCUUCGUCCGAAUGGCCACUGGAUGCUAGGAGCCUUGGUUUUGUGUUCAACAGGGUACAUUUGCGGCUGGAAUUGUGUUGUAUACUUUCAAUACACCCUCAAAUCGGAUGGUACUAUGUUUCCCUUUCAGAGUUAGAGGUCAGUAAAUAACAAGUUUAUAGAUAUACUGGACUUACGGGCCAGCCAUGUUUUCUGACGUUGUGAUGUGCGCAUAUUACUGGUGGAUAUUCGCCCUGUUGCGAUCCGACAUCCGACAGUAAGAACCAAGAUCUUAUAGACUAUGGGGGACUGAAAGAUCGACGUUUAGAACGAGAACGGUCCUGAAACGGCUACGACUGUACACUGCUGCACGAGGCUUGUUGGUUACUAUAUCACAGACGAUCUGCUUUAUUCUUCAUGUCAUACAACCCAGCCAGCUGCGAUGGUGAAGCUUUAGAUAUC